ACAAAAAAUCACCCAACCAAUCAUUCAAAUCAUUCAAAUCUAAAUUAAUUAAAAUUACUUAAAUGAGAUGAUUCGCCUCUCUUUUAAUUUAUUCAAAUGUCUUAUUUCGAAUUCAGUCUUAAAAACGCACCUGAUUAGUAACUGAAAGGACUUAUUAGUCAUUUUAGUUUUAGCAGACUUGUGAGAUUAAUCUUUAUAAUUGCUCGGAAAAUAUAAUCAUAAUCAUAAUCAAUUUACAUAAACAAGAAUCAAUUUUGAGUGAGUGUAAAAUAAAAAUAGAAAGCAAAAGAAGGUUUUCCUAGUGGCAGUCAUGGUGGAAUAAAGUGAAAAAAGAAGAAAACAAAUUGUCAAAGUUGAAGGCCAAUCAUGGAAGUUAUGUUGAUAGAACAAGUUUCAAAAUUGAUACUUUUUUGUUCAAUGAUUACAAUAUGUUAUGGUGCUACAAACCCUAAUGAUCUCAAAGUUUUGAAUGAUUUUAGAAAAGGGUUAGAAAAUCCUGAACUUUUGAAAUGGCCCGAAAAAGGUAACAAUGAUCCAUGUGGUUCUCCUUCAUGGCCUUAUGUGUUUUGUUCUGAUGAUAGAGUCACUCAGAUUCAAGCUAAGAAUCUUGGUCUUAGAGGAAAAUUGCCACAAAAUUUUAACCAACUCUCAGAACUUUCCAAUUUAGGUCUUCAACGAAACAAUCUUACUGGUAUGUUACCUAGUUUUCGUGGUUUAUCAAAAUUGGAAUUUGCUUUCUUGGAUUACAAUUCAUUUGAUGCUAUUCCUGUUGAUUUCUUCAAUGGACUAACAAGUCUUAGGAUUUUGUCUUUGGAAGAAAAUCAACUCAAUGUGAGUACUAAUGGUUGGUCAUUUCCUGCGGAUUUGGAGAAUUCGUCACAGUUAACUGAACUUUCCUUUGUUCAUUGUAAUUUGGUUGGAUCUUUGCCUGAUUUUCUAGGCACAUUGCCAUCUCUCACUAGUCUAAGGCUUUCAAACAACAAACUUUCCGGUAUGAUUCCGGCUACUUUUGCUCAAUCUUCAAUUCAGGUUUUGUGGUUGAAUAAUCAAGAAGGAGAAAGCGGUUUUACAGGUUCUAUUGAUGCUAUUGCUUCGAUGGUUUUCUUAACACAGAUUUGGCUACAUGGAAACAAAUUCUCAGGUACAAUUCCAAACAAUAUUGGAAAUCUCACUUCUUUGAAGGAACUCAAUCUCAAUAGUAACAAAAUUGUUGGGCUGAUUCCAAAAUCCUUAGCCGAAAUGAACCUUGAUUCAGUUGUUUUGAACAAUAACAUGCUUAUGGGUCCGAUACCGAAGUUUAAAGCCGCAAACUUUUCUUAUGAUGAUAAUCUCUUUUGUCAAACUGAGCCAGGACUUGAAUGUUCCUCAGAAGUUACAGCACUGCUUGAUUUUCUGAAUAAUCUGAAUUAUCCAUCGUUUCUGAUUUCUGAUUGGUCAGGUAAUAAACCAUGUACAAGUAGCACAGGACCAUGGUUUGGAUUAAGCUGCAACAAUUCAAACUCUGGUGUAUCUAUUAUUAAUCUACCAAAACAUAAGCUUAAUGGUAGUUUAAGUCCCUCACUUGCUAAGUUAGAUUCACUUCUUGAAAUUAGGCUCGCUGGAAAUAAUAUAACCGGCGCAGUUCCUAGUGAUUUUACUAAAUUGAAAUCGUUGAGGUUGUUGGAUUUAACUGAUAAUAAUAUUGAAUCUCCUUUGCCAAAUUUUCAUGAGGGUGUGAAAGUUAUUACUGUCGGUAACCCCUUUCUAAUUAAUAAUCACACUGGAGGGAGUGUUAGUCCUACUAUUAGUGGCAACAGUGGACCGAGUUCGGAGAACAACCCUUCACAUUCUCCAUCUUCACUGAACCAGCCGGUUCCGAGCUCAAAUCAUAAAAUAUUCAAGACAGUGGCAACAGUGGCUGGAGUUGCAGGGUUUGCAGUUGUAGCUUUUUUGGUUGUUUUAUGUUUCUUUAAGAACAAGAAAGCAUCGUCGGAUGCUCCAAGUUCCAUUGUGGUUCACCCUCGAGAUCCUUCUGAUCGAGGAAGUAUAGUUAAAAUUGCGGUUUCAAGCAAAAACACUGGAAGCUUAUCAGGAAAAACUGGCUCAAGUUCACUGAGUAGCUUAAGUGGUGAAACUCAAAACUCUUACUUAAUUGAGGCUGGUAAGAAUGUCAUAUCGGUGCAAGUGCUACGCAAGGUUACUAACGAUUUUGCAUCGGAAAAUGAGCUAGGCCGCGGUGGAUUUGGGACUGUUUACAAAGGGGAGUUAGAAGAUGGAACCAAUAUAGCAGUAAAGAGAAUGGAGAAUGGAGUUAUUGGCAAUAAGGCAUUGGAUGAGUUUCAAUCAGAAAUAGAUGUUCUUUCUAAGGUUCGUCACCGACAUUUGGUAUCUCUUUUAGGGUAUUCCAUUGAAGGCAAUGAGAGACUUUUAGUUUAUGAAUAUAUGCCACUUGGUGCUCUGAGUCAACAUCUUUUUCAUUGGAGAAAAUUCGCGUUGAAGCCUUUAUCUUGGUCACAAAGGCUUGUAAUAGCACUAGAUGUUGCUAGAGCGAUGGAAUAUCUUCAUGGUCUUGCUCGCGAGACCUUUAUUCAUAGAGAUCUCAAGUCUUCUAAUAUUCUACUAGGCAAUGAUUUUCGCGCAAAAGUUUCGGAUUUUGGUCUUGUGAAGCUUGCCCCGAAUGGCGAAAAAUCUAUAGUAACCAAACUUGCCGGGACAUUUGGUUACCUUGCCCCUGAAUAUGCUGUGAUGGGGAAAAUCACCACAAAAGUUGAUGUGUUCAGCUACGGCGUGGUAUUAAUGGAACUUCUAACCGGACUAACGGCGCUUGACGAGAGCCGGUCAGAGGAAAUCCGAUACUUGGCCGAAUGGUUUUGGCGAAUUAAAUCAAACAAAGAAAAGCUUAUGUCUGCCAUUGAUCCAGCUUUGGAACCAAAUGAAGAAACAUAUGAAAGUAUAACUAUUGUAGCAGAACUUGCCGGACAUUGCACUGCUAGGGAAGCAUACCAUAGGCCAGAUAUGAGUCAUGCUGUCAAUGUAUUAGGAGCAUUAGUGGAGAAAUGGCGACCGGUUAACGAUGAACUCGAUUGCUAUUCCGCAAUUGACGACACUCAACAACUUCCUCAAUUGUUGAAAAUUUGGAAGGAUGCAGAACGCAAUGAGUUUAGCUAUAGUACUACUGCUAGUCUUGAAGACAGUAAAGGAAGUAUUGCAUUGAGGCCUACUGGAUUUGCUGAUUCUUUCACUUCUAAUGAUGCUAGAUGAUUAUGAGUUGAUUUCAGUGGAUUUUUGUUCUUCUUGUUUAUUUGUUCUUGAGAAAAUUGACUUGGAUUCACCAUGUCUACUUUUAUUUUUCUUUUGCUUUUAGUCUUUGUAUUGCUUUUGACAUUAAAAUACUGCAGAGUAUACCAUUAUGUAGAUAAAUGUUGUUUUGGUCAUUUUUGUGGCCUACAUCACAAAGAAACAAUUUCUAUUUGAUAGUA